CGCUUCCUGACGGGGCGGCGCGGACGGUCGCGGCCGGUGCUGGCCAGGACGCCGGGCCCGCAGCCUCGCUCGCCCGCUCGCUCGCGCCGCCCGCCCGCGGGGCCGCCCGCCCCCGCCGGGCCGGGACCAUGCAGGAGAGCCAGACCAAGAGCAUGUUCGUGUCCCGGGCCCUGGAGAAGAUCCUGGCCGACAAGGAGGUGAAGCGGCCGCAGCACUCGCAGCUGCGCAGGGCCUGCCAGGUGGCGCUCGAUGAAAUUAAAGCGGAAAUAGAAAAGCAGAGGCUCGGCGCUGCCGCCCCGCCCAAGGCGAACUUCAUCGAAGCCGACCAGUACUUCCUUCCCUUCGAGCUCGCCUGCCAGUCCAAGUCCCCGCGCGUGGUCAGCACCUCCCUCGACUGCCUGCAGAAACUCAUCGCCUACGGACACAUCACUGGCAACGCCCCCGACCGAGGAGCCCCGGGGAAGCGGCUGAUCGACCGGAUCGUUGAGACCGUGUGCAAUUGUUUUCAGGGCCCACAGACGGAUGAAGGCGUUCAGUUACAAAUAAUUAAGGCUCUUCUGACGGCCGUGACGUCACCGCACAUCGAGAUCCACGAGGGCACCAUCCUGCAGACAGUGAGGACGUGUUACAACAUCUACCUGGCCAGCAAGAACCUCAUCAACCAGACCACGGCCAAGGCCACCCUCACGCAGAUGCUGAACGUCAUCUUCACCCGCAUGGAGAACCAAGUGGUGCAGGAGAGCAGAGAGUCGGAGAAACAGAGCCAGUCCAAGCCGCAGUCCCCCGUGGCCCGCCCCGCCGCGCUGUCCCCCAGGCUCGCGCACCUGAAGCCAGGCCAGGCGCCCAGCAAACCGUCCACCCCCGAGAAGUCAGAGCUGGCCAACGGGGAGCACGACAGGAGCGGCCCCGGCCACCCGGGCGCAGAGAACGGAGACGCCCCUGGGGAGAGCGGCCCCGCGCUGCCAGAGACCAGCGAUGGCGCCCAGGAAGUGGUGAAGGAGAUCUUAGAAGAUGUGGUCACUUCUGCCAUUAAAGAAGCUGCCCAGAAGCACAGUCUCUCGGACCCUGAAAGGGUCCCUGGCGAGUUGGAGUACCAGGAGUGUGCUGUGCCCCCCGGCGUGGACGAGAACUCCCAGACCAACGGCAUCGCAGAUGACCGGCAGUCCCUGUCGUCAGCCGAUAACCUGGAGUCAGACACACAGGGACAUCCAGCGGCCACCCGGUUCUCUCACGUCCUGCAGAAAGACGCCUUCCUCGUGUUCCGCUCCCUUUGCAAGCUGUCCAUGAAGCCCCUGGGUGAAGGCCCCCCCGACCCAAAGUCCCACGAGCUGCGCUCCAAGGUGGUGUCCCUGCAGCUGCUCCUGUCCGUGCUGCAGAACGCCGGCCCUGUCUUCAGGACGCACGAGAUGUUCAUCAACGCCAUCAAGCAGUACCUCUGUGUGGCCCUGUCCAAGAACGGCGUCUCCUCCGUGCCGGAUGUCUUCGAGCUCUCCCUCGCCAUCUUCCUGACUCUCCUCUCCAACUUCAAGAUGCACCUGAAAAUGCAGAUAGAGGUGUUUUUCAAAGAGAUUUUCCUGAACAUCUUAGAAACAUCAACGAGUUCUUUCGAGCACAGGUGGAUGGUCAUCCAGACGCUGACCAGGAUCUGCGCAGAUGCCCAGUGUGUUGUGGAUAUUUAUGUCAACUACGACUGUGAUCUUAAUGCUGCUAACAUUUUUGAGCGCCUCGUAAAUGAUUUAUCCAAAAUCGCUCAGGGAAGAAGCGGACAUGAGCUGGGAAUGACACCCCUGCAGGAGCUCAGCCUGAGGAAGAAGGGCCUCGAGUGCCUCGUGUCCAUCCUCAAGUGCAUGGUGGAGUGGAGCAAAGACCUGUACGUGAACCCCAACCACCAGACGAGCCUCGGUCAGGAGAGGCCCCUGGACCAGGAAGGGGAUGGGAAAGGCCUCGACCUGGCGAGACGAAGCAGUGUGACGUCCAUGGAGUCCACCGUGUCCUUGGGGACCCAGACCACGGUGCAGGAUGACCCAGAGCAGUUUGAGGUCAUCAAGCAGCAGAAGGAGAUCAUUGAGCAUGGCAUUGAGCUGUUCAACAAGAAACCCAAGCGAGGGAUCCAGUUUCUUCAGGAGCAGGGCAUGCUGGGCACGUCGGUGGAGGACAUGGCCCAGUUCCUGCACCAGGAGGAGCGCCUCGACUCCACCCAGGUCGGGGAGUUUCUGGGCGAAAGCGCACGCUUCAACAAGGAGGUGAUGUACGCCUACGUGGACCAGCUGGACUUCUGUGAGAAGGAGUUUGUCUCCGCCCUGCGGACGUUUCUGGAAGGUUUCCGGCUGCCAGGGGAAGCCCAGAAGAUCGAUCGGCUAAUGGAGAAAUUUGCUGCAAGAUACAUAGAGUGUAACCAGGGGCAGACGCUGUUCGCGAGUGCGGACACGGCCUAUGUGCUCGCCUACUCCAUCAUCAUGCUCACCACGGACCUGCACAGCCCUCAGGUGAAAAACAAGAUGACAAAGGAGCAGUAUAUCAAAAUGAACCGGGGCAUCAACGACAGCCAGGAUCUCCCCGAGGAGUAUCUCUCCAGCAUCUACGAGGAGAUCGAAGGCAAGAAGAUCGCCAUGAAAGAGACGAAGGAGCACACGAUCGCGGCCAAGUCCACCAAGCAGAGUGUCGCUAGUGAGAAGCAGCGGCGGCUCCUGUACAAUUUGGAGAUGGAGCAGAUGGCGAAGACAGCCAAAGCUCUGAUGGAGGCCGUGAGCCACGCCAAGGCCCCCUUCACGAGUGCCACGCACCUGGACCACGUGCGUCCCAUGUUCAAACUGGUGUGGACGCCGCUCUUGGCAGCCUACAGCAUUGGACUGCAGAACUGUGACGACACUGAGGUCGCCUCCCUGUGCUUGGAAGGCAUCCGCUGUGCCAUCCGGAUCGCCUGCAUCUUCGGAAUGCAGCUGGAGCGCGACGCCUACGUACAGGCUCUCGCCCGCUUCUCCCUGCUCACGGCCAGCUCCAGCAUCACAGAGAUGAAGCAGAAGAACAUCGACACCAUCAAGACCCUCAUCACCGUGGCGCACACUGACGGCAACUACCUGGGCAACUCCUGGCACGAGAUCUUGAAGUGCAUCAGCCAGCUGGAGCUCGCUCAGCUGAUCGGAACCGGCGUGAAGACCCGCUACCUGUCCGGGUCGGGGCGCGAGAGGGAAGGGGGCCUGAAGGGCCACAUGUCGGCGGGAGACGAGUUCAUGGGCCUCGGCCUCGGCACUUUGGUGAGUGGCGGAGUGGACAAAAGGCAGAUGGCCAGCUUCCAGGAGUCGGUCGGAGAGACCAGCUCUCAGAGCGUGGUUGUAGCCGUGGACAGGAUUUUUACUGGAUCCACCAGACUGGACGGAAACGCCAUAGUUGACUUUGUCCGCUGGCUGUGCGCCGUGUCCAUGGACGAGCUGGCGUCCCCUCACCACCCCCGCAUGUUCAGCCUGCAGAAGAUCGUGGAGAUCUCCUACUACAACAUGAACCGCAUCCGCCUCCAGUGGUCGCGAAUAUGGCACGUGAUUGGAGACCACUUCAAUAAGGUUGGCUGUAACCCCAACGAGGACGUGGCCAUCUUCGCUGUGGACUCCUUGCGGCAGCUCUCCAUGAAGUUCCUUGAGAAGGGAGAAUUAGCCAACUUCCGUUUCCAGAAAGAUUUCCUGAGACCCUUUGAGCAUAUUAUGAAGAAAAACAGGUCUCCGACCAUCCGGGACAUGGUGAUCCGCUGCAUCGCCCAGAUGGUCAACUCCCAGGCCGCCAACAUCCGCUCCGGCUGGAAGAACAUCUUUGCCGUGUUCCACCAGGCAGCCUCGGACCACGACGGCAACAUCGUGGAGCUGGCCUUCCAGACCACGGGCCACAUCGUCACGUCUAUUUUCCAGCACCACUUCCCCGCCGCCAUCGAUUCCUUUCAGGACGCCGUGAAGUGCUUGUCGGAGUUCGCCUGCAACGCCGCCUUCCCCGACACCAGCAUGGAGGCCAUCCGGCUCAUCCGCUUCUGCGGGAAGUACGUCUCCGAGAGGCCCCGGGUGCUGCAGGAGUACACCAGCGACGACAUGAACGUGGCUCCCGGUGACCGGGUCUGGGUCCGAGGCUGGUUCCCCAUCCUGUUCGAGCUUUCCUGCAUCAUCAACAGAUGCAAGCUCGACGUGCGGACGAGAGGACUCACCGUCAUGUUCGAGAUCAUGAAGAGCUAUGGCCACACCUUUGAGAAGCACUGGUGGCAGGACCUGUUCCGGAUCGUGUUCAGGAUCUUUGACAACAUGAAACUUCCUGAGCAGCAGUCGGAGAAAUCCGAGUGGAUGACAACAACUUGCAAUCAUGCGCUUUAUGCCAUCUGUGAUGUGUUUACCCAGUUUUACGAAGCUUUGAAUGAAGUGCUUCUUUCUGACGUGUUCGCACAGUUACAGUGGUGCGUGAAACAAGAUAACGAGCAACUGGCUCGAUCAGGUACAAAUUGCUUAGAAAACUUAGUCAUAUCCAACGGAGAGAAAUUCAGUCCCGACGUCUGGGAUGAAACGUGCAACUGUAUGUUGGAUAUUUUCAAGACAACCAUCCCGCAUGUCUUGCUGACGUGGAGACCUGCAGGAAUGGAGGAAGAUGCAUCAGAGAAGCAUUUGGACGUGGAUCUGGACCGGCAGUCUUUAAGCAGCGUGGACAGAAACGCCUCGGAGAGAGGCCAGAGCCAGCUGUCCAACCCCACGGACGAGAGCUGGAAGGGCAGACCACAUGCAAACCAGAAACUGUUUGCCAGCCUCCUCAUCAAGUGUGUGGUCCAGCUGGAGUUGAUACAGACCAUCGACAACAUCGUGUUCUACCCUGCCACGAGCAAAAAGGAGGAUGCGGAGCAUAUGGUCGCGGCCCAGCAAGACACGCUGGAUGCGGAUAUUCACAUCGCGACGGAGGACCAGGGCAUGUAUAAGUGCAUGUCCUCCCAGCACCUGUUCAAGCUGCUGGACUGCCUGCAGGAGUCCCACUCCUUCUCCAAGGCCUUCAACUCCAACUACGAGCAGCGAACUGUGCUGUGGCGGGCAGGUUUCAAGGGCAAGUCGAAGCCCAACCUUCUGAAGCAGGAGACCAGCAGCCUGGCCUGCUGCCUGAGGAUCCUGUUUCGAAUGUACGUGGACGAGAACCGGAGGGACUCCUGGAAAGAAAUACAGCAUCGACUCUUGAAUGUGUGCAGUGAGGCCCUGGCCUACUUCAUCACCGUGAACUCGGAGAGCCAUCGGGAGGCCUGGACGAGUCUCCUGUUGCUGCUCCUCACAAAGACCCUCAAAAUAAGCGACGAAAAGUUUAAAGCACACGCUUCAACGUACUACCCCUACCUGUGUGAAAUUAUGCAGUUCGACCUGAUCCCCGAGCUCCGCGCCGUCCUGCGCAAGUUCUUCCUGCGAAUAGGCGUCGUGUAUCAGAUCUGGAUUCCAGAGGAGUCAGCCCAGAUCCCAGGAACUCUGUCACCGGGCUGGUAGCCCUGGGCCCCGCGGGCCCCUGCUGCAGCUCUGCCCCAGGCCGGCCAGGCCACCUCUGCCUGGCACAUCUCCCCAAGGAAGGUCCAAUGACAGACAUGAGUCGGCAUCUUGGAGCUCAGAACAGCCUCGAGGGCGUCUGUCCUGGUCGCGUCUGAGCCCUGGCUUAAGGCGCUGUGCUGUGUCAUGAAACUGCCUUACACCCGCUGAAUGCAGUAGGUGGGCAGUCUGUGUCGUUUCUGUCAUUCCAUUUUCCCAGUCGAACUGUCGGGUCUGUCAUUACACGUCAUUUUCUCGCUCGAGUCCCACGGUCGGCCGUAAAUGUUUUGUCAGAGGAAGUCGCGCUCCUUGAAAAUACUGAACAUAGCUGUAUAGGUUCGUGAUUAUUCUAGACAGUAUGUUAAUAAAAUUUCUUGUAAUGGCUCAGUGCCACGUAAAAUAAUGCUGGGUUUUCUGUUGUUGUUCGAGUGUGUUAGAGAAGUUUGAGUGUUUUUGUCCAUUGUGAGUCAGCGGUAGUAGGGUAGUUUGGGGAAAGAUAGUGGGGAGAGGUGGGUUUUGUCUGUUUUGUUAAUGUCUGAAUGACUUUCAAAGUAGUUCCCAAAAGGAUAUUAUUGCGGAUUUGAUUCAUGGCAGAGUUUAUUCAUGUAGAAUUGAGAACCUGCAAGGUCUGAAAACAUGUCUCGCCUCCUGGCGCUCCCUGUCUGCAGCUUGGGGAGAAAAAGUCUCCAGGAGAAAGUGACUUUAAUAAAGAUGAUCAGCUUCCUGGAAGUAUUCGGGGGGAUGGGUGUUAAAACGUCCAUCUCGUACACUCUGAAAUUAAUAUAUGAAGUAGUCAUGAAAAUGAAGUAGUAAUUUAACAGAGUUAAUUUAUAUUUGAAUAAACAUUUAUUUUUACCUCAGAAUUGUGAGUGUUCCCAUUGUUAGUGUCCCAGCUUUGCACGGUCCCCCGGGAAGGGCCCGUGAGGAGGGGAGAGUGGCUGUGUGAGAGAGGAAUGGCUCCCGGGGGGCCCCCUCAGCCACACGUCAGGUCUGACCCUGAGCGCCCGUGCUGCUGUGGGGACGGCCUGGCUUGGGUGUGCCCACGCUUCCGUGGACGGGAGCUGGGAGCAAGUGGGUAGAAGCCGGGGUCUGUCCUUUGCUGGUGAUGGUGCAAUACGCUUGCCUGUGCUGGACUGAGUUCCGACACGGUUUCUCCGAAAGCAGGCGGCAAAGCAAUGCGGCCCACGGCCCACAGGAAAAUCUGGAAACGGGAGUUAUUGAGUCGGCGAGGAGGAGAGGAUGUGGCCUGCCCUCUCGUCACCUGCUUGCCCGAGCGGCAUUCAGGUCAGGACCAGUGUCACACCGAGUCCUGCAGACAUGCAGGCUCCGCCCCCCACUUCUGUCACAGCAGUCGGGUUGUCCGAUGGCAACUCUGUGCCUUAGCCAUUAGUCAGUUGGGAACCUAUCUAUGUAAUUGGAUGUUUAGGUUUUUUUUUUUUGUUUUGUUUCGUUUUCAUUUUUUUCCUUUUAGAGAAGGAUUUCUGGUGCUUUUUGUUUAUUCCGAGACCGAUUUCUUAUAUUUUGCUUUGAACAGCCGAGAGAAGUGUGUGGCUGGGGCCAGUAGCCCUCUGUCUCCCCUUUCAUUUCUCCCAAAGUGUUUCAUUUAUUUGUCUACCAAAGAGAAGCAGCAGGCUCUUCCAUUUCCCCUCUGCAGGGGACAGAGCUGGGGGAGUCUUCCUGGGAGCAGGCUGCAUUAGCACUCUCACCAGCGUGGCCCGAAGCCGUCACGUCUUUUGAGUGCAACGCGGAACUUGUGUCCUACGACUCACGCCCUGGUACUGUAGUUCGUCACACCACCCUAAGCCGGUCCCCUUCCUUAGCACGGGCUCUGGAGGCACCCGGGGGAGCAACUCCUGCUGGCCCCGGGCUGGCAGCGAUGCCCCCUCUCCUAGGCCACAGUGGGGUACCUGCUUCCUUCACCCCGGCCUCUUCAUUCUUUGCCACCUCUGGCGGGGCAAGACAAUGUAAGUGCGUUCUCUUCCAAACAUUUUAGGUUUCUGAAUUUCUUUUUUAAAUUUUGUCUUGCAAGAGAUUCGGUUUUCUGAAUGAGGCAUUUGAGUUGUUUCAAUGUGGACGUUUUUGAGAACUGGAUGGAAACCCAUUCAGGGUUCUUGUGAGUGGUCCAUGACUUACCGAGACAGGAUCGAGCCUCCAGUAAUAAGCCAUUCAACAGAAACUCUUUUGUGAAGAAAUCUAUUCUCCGUCCUGGUCAGCUUGGCCUGUGCCACUCAGGCACUCGUGAAAGGAGGGUCACAGCAGCCUUGAGGCCACGAUGUCAUUUAUUAACAGUCGUGGCCAUGAGGGAAGCAUUUCCAAGGCCUUAUUUCCUUCUCCGAAUGCUUUCAUCGUUCCUAUGUCCCGGGCCUCUAUAGGAGUUUUCAUUUGUGAUUUCAUUUCUGAUACUGCUGCUUUUGAACAAUUUUGUUUUUCUUCAUUGUCCUUUAGGGAAAUGACCCGCUUUGGCUUCUUAACAACAAACAGUGGAUGGGAAAUUUUAUUUCUAAUACAUAUCUUCAAAGUCAAAUCUACCUUUUUCCUGUUACUCCUUGCGUACAACCAAAGAAACAUAUAUUGUGGAAAUUGUAUAAUAUCUUUGAAGCCCAACAUCUCCCUCUGACAGGCGACUUUUAUACAAAAUGCAAAAAAUUUCAAAAAGCCUGCAAUUUUUUGUUCUUCUACUACUAUUAGUAGUCUUUGUAAUUACUAAAGGGACCUGCUGACAAAUACUUUAUGGCCAUCUCAUUCAAAUGUUUGUUGUUAGGAUGCAAACAAAUAUUGGUUUAAACAGAAGCUGGAUCCUUAAUACUGAUUUUUUUUUCUGAAUACUGUUUCAAUAUUUGUGCUAAGGUUGACAUAGCUUGAACUCAACAUGAAAUCUGGAGUUUUGCUAUCAGCAGCUUUGUAGUUUGGGGAAAAAAAGAAAAAGAAACCAAAGCUGAGUAUUUAAAAGAAUAUCUGGAAAUUCUUGUUCUCAAAAAAAAAAAAAAAAAGACACUCAUCAAAGGUGUAGUUUUUCUCAGUGUUCUAAUUUUUAAAAAAUUUUAUCUGCAUAUUUGCAUCAAAUAUUUCUUUAUGUGCAAAACUGUAUGUUUUACCUCCUUAAAAUGCCUAAAGGUUAGUUGUUACUUUUUAAUCUAUACACAAUGAUUAAGUGCAUUUAAUGUUGGUAAUUUAAUGAAAAGCAUUCCUUGCCCAAUGGAUGUAUACAUUUUUGAAAGAAUAAGCAGAAUUAUAUAAUAUGAAAUGCUAUGUAAAGUUUUCUAUGUAAAACAUUAUGUAUAAUACUGUUAAAAUACCCCAUGCUUUAAUCAAGUGAUAAAUCAAUAAAGUUUUAAAAAUUCAGGCUGUA